AAAUCCGGUGAUCUAUGGGCUGAGAGAGCUUGGCGACGAUUUCCACAUGGACAAAAAAAUAGAUGAGUUUUUGCCAGUUCUUGCCAAGAUCGACAGGAUCUACAAGCAGGCGAAGCAAGAAGCCGUGGGCCGAUUGGACAGCGGCUACGGCUACGGCUUCUGCUUGGGCCUCCUGGAUCCUGCCACCAACAUCCGCGUCAACGACAUCAUCUGCAAUGCUGCUACUGCGUUGCCGGGCAAAGGAGGAGACGUGACCCAGCGGUCGCUGGACGGCCUCGUCGCCUUUCUCACCUGCCUCUUCCCCUACCUCCCUGACGCCGAGGCGCUGGCAUAUACCUCGAUGCCGCCGAGCUGGACCCCCUCGUCGCCGCCCUCCUCAUCAUCAACCGCCGCGGGAUGCGCCAGUUCGAUUUCUGCUCCGGCACCACCGUGGCAGCAGUUGAGACCGCCCUCAGAUGCGCGGCACUUGUCGCCGAGCACCCAGACCCGCAGCUACUCGUGGCAGGGUGGAAAGCUAUUUCAGGCCUGGGCCUGGUCGAGUUCCUCCUGAUCUCUGACACCGUCGCUGGCAUAACCCGUCUGAUUCAGACAGGAAGAGGCGGCGAUCUUCAACUCGAAGAGUCUUGGGAACUCGCCGCUGGCAGGCUUGAGCGUCUUGUUCCAAUUGGCAAAGAGCUUCCUCCUGUCCGGGCGGCCAUGAAGCGCAUGCUCCUUGCAACGAUCCACGGAAUCUACCUUAAAGCUAGAGGCAGUCUGCCCAGCGACGAGCUUACCCACAAGUAUCACCGCGGCAUCCUCUUGGGCGGUUACUGCUACGGUCCGCUGGACCCUGUCGAGAACAUUGUUGUCAACUCCAUCUGGUACGAGCAAACCUUCCCAAGCAGCAAAGGAUUCAGAACAUCCAUGAUCAGUAGCAGCUGCCUGUGGCUUGUUGCGGCCCGGUCGAUGUAUGGCCUCGUAUCCUUCCUUUGCGCCCGCUACCCGCUCCUCACACCUGAUCUUGCCUUGCAGCGCCUGCUGGUGGCAGGGGCCGACUUGCGAAGAGCUGAUCCCAAUCUAUCUGAUAAGCCCAGUGAUGAAGAGCUGGACUGGUCUGAGUCCCCACAAAUCGGAUCAGGCGUGGACACUGCUUUCAUACAGAGGAGUGUGGUUCACAAAAUGGCAGUCCGGGCUACUGUCCCAGAAGCAUACGCCGCCGCCGCCGCUGCAGCCGGUGCAUUCCACCCCAGUCCAGAUGCGCAGAUACACUUCCUUGCAUCACCAGGUUGUGUACAUGAGCUUAAGGCUAUCUCAGAGGCUUUGUUGCAGUGUGUGCGUGAUGGUAACCAAAUGCUGAGAGGGCAAUUUCGUGCACUCUGCAUGCGAGUAAGCAUCAUGUCGCACCAGCAACGGGAACCAGAUCCUACAGAGAUAGAUCGGGACUUCUACCUACUAGUAUCUCAACGCAUUGCCAGGUUCUGGGGCCAGCACGAUCGAAUCAACUGCAAGGUGGUAGCUACGCUGGAGGAGUUCAACAAAACAGCGGCAUCCAAAUACACGCUUCAUGUCAUCUGCGGUGUAAAUGAGCUGGUCUCCGGUCCUCAUUUCAGCUCGGACCCAGAAGUUAGAGGAUACAACCCGUGGACACCUCAAAAGUAUCACCAUGCACAUGUCAACUUUCUUGCGACUACCUUUGAUGAUUGUGGAAAUCCAAUUGCAUCGCUCUUUUUUGCCCAAUGUGAUAACCAUGGUCUGAAACUUGGUGCAUCCCUGUGGCGUGGCCAUGCCCAUCCACUGAACAAGUCCGGUACAUUUAUUGUGAGAAGGCAGGCGAUAGAAUUGUGCAUCCAGUCAAGGGUGGGCUUGCUGAGUUUGAGCUAUAUAAAUCAAAAGCAAAUGUCUACACGAACGACAAGAUCAUCAGGGGGAGAAAAGAUCGUGUAGAGGGUGUGGAAGAUGGAGAAAUCUACUGCAGCUACCGUGUUUGUGAUGUUGAAGAUGUGUCGAAGUUUGCUAGAUGGAAAAACCUAACACAGUUGUCGUGUUGGUGAUGACAAUGAUGUGA